AAACCAUGACCAGGUGGGCACGAGUUACUGCCACACAUAACAAGAGACCCUUGGCUGCGACAUCAUGGGAGGAUAUGAAGAAGGGACCCACUGAGGGAACAAGUCAAAGCCGACCAAAGGCUAAACAACUUGAAGCUAAUAGGCUGUCCCUUAAAAAUGACACACUAGAAGCAAAACACAAAAAGAACAAAAAGAAAAAAGAGUACUUAAAUGAAGAUGUAAAUGGAUUCAUGGAAUACCUAAGACAGAACUCACAGAUGGUUCACAAUGGGGAAAUGAUAGCAACAGACAGCCAGAAAGUAAGGGAAGAAAUUGUGGUUGCUUUAAAGAAAGACGGUCGACGGGAAGGAAGAAGAUUAAAAAGACAAGCAGCAAAGAAAAAUGCAAUGGUGUGUUUCCAUUGUAGAAAACCUGGACAUGGGAUUGCAGAUUGCCCGGCCACCCUUGAGAAUCAAGAUAUGGGCACUGGAAUAUGUUACCGGUGUGGGUCCACAGAGCAUGAAAUAACCAAGUGCAAGGCUAAAGUAGACAUAGCUCUUGGUGAAUUUCCUUUUGCAAAAUGUUUUGUUUGUGGGGAAAUGGGACACCUGUCCAGAUCUUGUCCUGAUAAUCCCAAAGGACUCUAUGCUGAUGGUGGUGGCUGUAGACUUUGUGGCUCUGUUGAACAUUAUAAGAAAGAUUGCCCAGAAAGUAAGAACUCAGAUCAAAUGGUCACAGUUGGUCGUUGGGCAAAGGGAAUGAGUGCAGACUAUGAGGAAGUUUUGGAUGCUCCCAAACCACAGAAACCCAAAACAAAGAUACCUAAAGUUGUUAAUUUUUGAUA